AUGAGUGAACAAGAUUAUGAAGAAAGUGGGCCAAACCCAACGGAUGGGAUUGCCAGGGAAAGUAGUCCCUUCAUUAACAAUGCAGAGAUGGACAGAGGAAACAUCUAUGAAGGAAAGAAUAUGGCUCUAUUUGAGGAAGAAAUGGAUAGUAAUCCCAUGGUGUCAUCUCUUCUUAAUAAACUAGCAAACUACACUAAUCUGACUCAAGGUGUGGUAGAACAUGAAGCAGACGAAGACAGCAAGCGAAAGGAAGUCAAGGUUCCACGUAUGGGUACUUUUAUUGGUGUGUACCUGCCCUGCUUGCAAAACAUCUUGGGAGUAAUCCUUUUCUUACGGUUAACAUGGAUUGUGGGGACAGCUGGAGUUCUCGAGUCUUUCAUCAUCGUGUUCAUGUGUUGUGCUUGUACUAUGCUAACUGCAAUUUCAAUGAGUGCAAUAGCAACAAAUGGUGUAGUUCCAGCUGGAGGCUCUUACUACAUGAUUUCAAGAUCUUUAGGGCCAGAGUUUGGUGGAGCAGUGGGACUUUGUUUCUACUUGGGUACGACCUUUGCAGGAGCAAUGUACAUUCUUGGUACCAUUGAAAUUUUAUUG